UGAAAAUCGACAAAUCAUCAUCAGAGCCCUGCAGAAAUUGAUUGAAGGAAGCGAUGUCACUAUAAAAUGAAGACUCCCUACAGAACUGCACAUGCAUGCUGUGUAAGAUGUAAAUGGUAAUGAUCUUGAGUUCAGAAGCUGAUGAUGAAUGACUACAAGGGAUUUGUUAAUCAAGAUAUGGAAAACCAACUAAAGAUGUUAUCUAGACAAGUACGGGAACCUUCUAAGGUACCCACCAAUCGGACAAUAGUUAUGGCUGAUCAGGAUGAGAAAAAAAGACGUCAGAGAUAUGUAGAGAAAGAUGGAAAGUGUAAUGUCCAUCAUGGCAAUGUUCGAGAAACCUAUAGGUAUCUGAGUGACAUCUUUACUACAUUGGUAGACCUUAAGUGGAGGUUUAAUCUAUUAAUCUUCACUAUGGUCUACACUGUUACUUGGAUCUUUUUUGGAUUUAUAUGGUGGCUAAUUGCUUAUAUAAGAGGAGACUUGGAUCAUCUUGGAGAUGCUACAUGGACCCCAUGUGUAAAUAACCUUAAUGGAUUUGUUUCAGCCUUUCUUUUUUCAAUUGAGACAGAGACUACCAUUGGCUAUGGAUACAGAGUUAUCACCGACAAAUGCCCAGAGGGAAUAAUUUUGCUUCUUGUUCAGGCUAUUUUGGGGUCCAUAGUCAAUGCAUUUAUGGUAGGAUGCAUGUUUGUGAAGAUAUCACAGCCCAAAAAGAGAGCAGAGACCCUUAUGUUCUCCAACACAGCUGUCAUCUCUGUCAGGGAUGGAAAGCUAUGUGUCAUGUUUAGGGUAGGAGAUUUGAGAAACUCACACAUUGUAGAAGCUUCUAUCCGAGCUAAAAUGAUAAAAUCCAAGCAGACUAAAGAAGGAGAGUUCAUUCCAUUAAACCAGACAGAUCUUAAUGUUGGAUUUGAUACUGGGGAUGAUCGUCUGUUUCUGGUAUCACCUCUCAUCCUUUGCCAUGAAAUAAAUGAGCAAAGUCCAUUCUGGGAGAUAUCUAAAGAGCAACUGGGGAAAGAGGAGUUUGAGAUUGUUGUCAUCUUGGAAGGAAUGGUAGAGGCUACAGGGAUGACAUGUCAGGCCCGAAGCUCUUAUGUGGAAUCAGAAGUUCUCUGGGGUCAUCGUUUUAUGCCUGUUCUUACACUGGAAGAAGGCUUUUAUGAGGUUGAUUAUGACACUUUCCAUAACACUUAUGAAACGCCAACUCCAAUAUGUAGUGCAAAGGAGAUGACAGAACUAAUGAGAAAGGGUGAAGACUUUCACCUUUCUUCACCUGUGAGCCAACGAAGCCAAAGUCUAGAGGGAGAAGUAAUUGAAGGAGAGGAAGAGACAAUGGUCACCAAUGGUGAUGUCAACAAAAUGGACACUGAAGCCAAAGAGUAAAAAGGGACAAUGUUCCAGACCUUAUGUUGUUCCUUCAGUAACUGAUUCUAUAUAUUGCCAUAGGUAUGUGCAACCUAGGCUGCAGCAGCACAGAAAUAAUAUCUGGUUUGCUCCUAGGUUAAGGUCAAGGAAAUUAUUCUGGUUUAAACUCAUUCUUAAAAGGUGUUAUUGAAAACAUGGUACUCAGCAACUAGUACACUGCCUUAAGCUAAUACUAAUUUUUAAAAGCAGUCAAAUAUGUUUUAUAUCUGAUGUACUGUUUUCUUUUCCAUUCUACCAGUUACAUUUUUAACCUGAGAACACUGGUUGUGAAGGGUUUAAAGUAGUUUAUUUUGCUUUUCUUAUUAUUGUAUCAGUAGUGUUAUAACGGAACACAGCAUUAAAACAGGUUUUGAAACAAGUAUUCAUUGACAGAUGCUACCACAGUCGCUAAAAAUACAUUGCAAAUAAUAUGUGGUAAUAAACAGUCAAAUAUAGCAGCUGCAAGAGACAGAAAUUCAUUAUAUGAAAAAAGAUAUACAAGUAGAGUUAAAAAAAUCAAAUAAGUAAAAGAAAAGUACAACAGAAAUAAAUGACUUCUACUUAAAAUCUGUAACAAUUUCAUGUGUGCUUUAGUUGCACUAAAUCUUUAAUAAGCAGUAAUUACUUAGGCCUUAGAAGUCUGCUGUAGGCAGUUCCAUGCUAAGAGUCAUCCCUCAGGAUUUUUUUAAAAAGUGCUAUUAUAUCUGUUCUGGACAAGAAACCAUCCCUAAGGCCUUGGAAGCAACACCUUCAGUAGCUCUAAUUAUAUCACCUCCUUUUGGUUAUGGACAUGCAGCUACUUGCUUUACUGCAUAAGAAAUCUCUCAUUUAGUUUGCGUUAGUGGAUCAUUACUUAAAAUUGGUCCUGCAAGCUUUAGGUAUUUUGCUGUCAACAUUUUUGCAUUACAUAUACAUAUAUUGAGCCUUACAAGGGUACAGAUAAUAGGCAAAUUGUUAUAAAAAGUUUUACAGUUCCACCUUCAGGCUGGCUCUGUUUAUUAGGAAAUGAAACAGAAUGCUGCUGGCAUAUCUACACAAUGUAUAUAAUUAGUGAUUUGGAUAGAAUUUGCAAGGAGUAAGUUGCAGAAAGAAGAAAUAUUCAACUGAGGCACAGAAGUUAAAUGAACGGGUAAGCAACUAGCAGUAACAAGCAAGAUACUUGGCUUUUUAGUUCAUUGGAUACUCAGAACAUAGAGCAAUGAUCAUGCUAGUCAUAUUAAAGGACAUAUUUUUCAUCCAA